CACCCGCGAAGGCGGGUGCGAGUGACGUCCUGCAAGCGAGCUUGAGCCUGUUCUUCGGCCGCGUCUUCGAGGCGGGAGUGUCUCGGCUGUCUGGAGGAAGCCGUAUCGUUAGCCCGAAUCGUCUGGCUUCUCGGAUAAUCGAAGAGGAAGGAGGGGCAAUCGGAAGAUGGCAAGACAUGCUCGAGACAGUGACGGCUCAAAAUAGGAGGGUACUAUAUAGCUGUGUUGCGCAACCCGCAGCGGUCCCCACUUCACCCCCCCUACUGCGUAUGGUGGUAUUUCAGUCCCUUGUACCUUGUAUCCGUUCCUGUAUCCUACCACCAUAGACGAUUGCCUCUCACUCCCCUCCACGACGCCCUACACUAUCGUCAACAUGCUCGCUGGCCCCCAGACCGCCACCAGUGCCCAUCGUUCAGCUCCCUCUUCCUCCCGCCCCAAAAUCGCCUUCGCCACCGGGACGAAGGUCACCUCUGGAAAAGCCCCCCGCGGCAUCCCAACGCCAGACGCCGUGCAGCAACGGGCAACGCUGCCGCCCGAGGCGCAGCACAACAGCAUCUACUGCAUACGAUGCGCAGUGCCCCACUUCUACGUACCCAAGCCCAUACCCAUCAUCAUCACCAACCCCUAUGACGCCGACGAGAACAUGAUCGAGCGGCUCGAGGGCGUUCCGUGUCUUCGGCGGCAGAUCAACAUACUCCACAUCGCCCUGCCCUCCGACCUCAGGGACCAGAUACCAGACGCCCUGCGCGCGGCCCGACGACUAGUAGAAGCGCGGGUCGGGCGGUACGAGGAGCAGAGGCUGCUGCCGAACCUGCGCAAAGUCGUCUACCACGGAUCCUGGUCAGACGCCUACCGCGCUCCUGCUGCCAUUCGCGCAGUCGAGCGGCUGUACGCGCGCGAGGAGGACGUACCUGACGACGGGUCGAUACACAGCGAGGAGGCUCUGGAGCGUCCCUCGCACGCGUGCGUCGUGGAGAUGCGUGGCCACUUCGUUCACCGGAAUGGAGUCGGGUUCGAGUGCAUAAAAACAGACAUGCCAUAGACUCAUCGCGGCAUAGCGACGGCAUACUUAGACGACAACGGACUUUGCAGGGUGGAAUGUGUGUAUUUACUGUAAUGGGUGGUUGUGUGUGCGGAUUUGGUGUAGCUGUAUCUCCAGUACUCACGGGCACGUGCCAAAAAAAGUUCAACUUGUAGAAAAUAAAUCAAAGCGUUUCCUGGUC